UCCUGAAGGUAUAGGAGAGGAACACCAGCAGGCAGCACCCGAGAUCGGGCUGGCUCCGCUGCCCUCCCACCUGCCCCGGCGGCGGUAACGGUCCGCUGCAUUCGGGUUUGCAUCCAGCCGACUGAUCGACGCACCGACCGACGGACACACGUGUCCCGCGCAGGCCAUGAAGGUUCAGUUUGCCCCACUAAGCCUCCCCCUGGAGAGGAGGCUGCAGACCGCUGCGGUGCUCCAAUGGGUUUUCUCCUUCCUCCUACUGGGGCAGCUAUGUUGUGGACUGUUGGUGCUACUGCUUUAUAAAAAUUACUGGUUUAUCUAUAUCCCCUAUUUAACAUGGCUCUACUUUGACUGGAAGACUCCAGACUCAGGAGGCAGGAGGUUUGACUGGGUCAGAAGUUGGACUGUUUGGAAGUACUUUAGGGAAUAUUUUCCAAUGCAUCUCAUCAAAACAGUGGAUUUGGAUCCAAGUCACAACUAUAUAUUUGGAUUUCAUCCCCAUGGAGUGCUUGUUGCCGGGGCAUUUGGAAACUUUUGUACAAACCAUUCGAAUUUCAAGGAACUGUUUCCAGGUUUUACUGCAUAUCUUCAUACACUUCCCUAUUGGUUCCGAUGUCCUUUCUUCAGAGAAUACCUCAUGAGCAGUGGAGCAGUCUCGGUUUCCAAACAGUGUGUAUCUCAUGUGCUAAGCAAGGAGGAAGGUGGAAACAUUUCAGUCAUUGUGCUUGGGGGAGCAGAAGAGUCACUGGUUGCGCAUCCUGGAAGUUUUACUCUGUUUAUCAGACAAAGAAAAGGGUUUAUUAAAAUGGCUUUGACACAUGGGGCUUAUUUGGUUCCUGUGUUUUCUUUUGGUGAGAAUGAAUUGUUUAAACAAGUCAACAAUCCUGAAGGCUCAUGGCUUAGAGCUGUCCAAGAGAAACUGUACAAGAAAGUAGGCUUUACAGUGCCAUUAUUUCAUGCCAGAGGAAUUUUUCAGUACAAUUUUGGCCUGAUGCCCUACAGAAAACCUAUUUUUACUGUUGUGGGCCACCCUAUCCCUGUUCAACAGAAUCUGCACCCCACACCAGAACAGAUUGAUGAGUUGCAUCAGACCUACCUGGAGGAAUUAAGAAAAUUAUUUGAGAACCACAAAAGAAAGUAUGGAAUCUCAGAACAGGAAACUCUCAUUUUUAAAUAAACACGGCUGUGGAAGGUGUCAAAGACGUCACAAGAACUUUCUGGCACUGAAAGAACUGGCUCUGAAUCCAUAACAACUGGUGCCUGUCAAAGACUAUGUUGUGCAUUUAAUGAAUGUUUAAGAGUUAUAAGAGGGCCUGGAUUUAUUUUUCCUUUCAAAUACUGUGUCAAAUUAUCACACGUUGCUUUCAGCCGCAGUGAUAUUAAUAUACAAAAAUCCAACUAGAGGAGAGAGCUAUUGAAAGCACCUAUGUAAAGGUCCUUAAAGUUAAGAAUUAUUUAAAGAUAAUAUUCAAACUCCAUUUUUUGCAGGCCACAAGUUCUAAGGGUGAUGGGAAAGGGCUGGGUUUAUUAGUUUGUCAACUAAUAUUUAUUAAGCACCAGACAAUGUGUUAAGCUUUGGGGAUACAAAAAAUGUAAAAUGCAGACAAU